CUAAAGACAAGCCAGACAUUGUAGAGGCGCAGGAACAAGGCUGUGAUACCCUCGCACACACUGCCACUUAACUGCACAUACAGUGGGCGGCAGGCACACCUCCAUUUUGGUCAUCAUCACAUUCUUGAUAUGUUUCCCGACUUCAGGCUCGAAUGAUGGCUUGGUAGUUUGUGAGCUGUGACGUCUGUUUUGUUUGACUUUGUCAUCUCCUUCACCGGAAUUCCAUCCUUCUUUUUUGGACGUCUCAACUCUCGUACCCCAAUGCUGACCGAAGCGUGCGGCGCCAUGUCGAUGGGCUCGGAUGUCCGAGAUCUGACUCUCCUGACUCCAGGCCCCCAGGUGCCCCCCCUAGGUGGGGCAGGAGGCGGCUGCGGCCAGUGGACACAACUGUUGGACCUCCAUCCCGGCUCUCCCUACAACACCCUGCCCUCCCACCACUCCCUCAUCAAGCAGGAGCCGAGCUGGGGGACCGCUGACCCUAUUGAGGAUCCCCAUUGUGGACUCGGGGCCUUCACGCUGCAUUUCUCGGGCCAGUUUACAGGCUCGGGCCCAUGUCGGGUGGGGGCCUUUGGAGAUCCAGCACCAGGCCAACCCAGGGUUUUUCCCAAUGGAACAUACCUCCCCGGUUGUGUGGACAGUCCUCCUUCAUCCAGGAACCAAGGUUAUGGUGCAAUGGGCUUAGACGGGAACCCCAGUUACGCUCACACGGCGUCUCACCACACCCCUCAGCUCUCCAGCCUGUCCUUCAAGCAUGAAGACACACUAUCGCCGCCAAACAACAUUGGUAACAGUCUACUUCCUGUUGAGCAGCAAUACCCUCCUCCUCCUCAUGCUCCUGCCCCUCCUGUGUUUGGGUGCCACAAUCCUGCAGAAUCCUGCCCGAGCAACCAAGCACUACUUUUGAGGAACUACAACAGUGAUAACCUGUACCAAAUGGCGUCUCAGCUGGAAUGCGUCACGUGGAACCAGAUGAACACGCUGGCAUCUUCCAUGAAGAGCGGCCACACGACCAGCUAUGACAGCGAUCCCAUAGCCCCGGCCCCACCCAUGCUGGUGAGCGCCCAGUACCACAUCCACACACAUGGUGUCUUUAGGGGGCUUCAGGAUGUAAGACGGGUUCCUAGUCUUGCUCCUCCAGUGAUGAAGUCAUCUGAACCCGGUGAGAAGCGCCCAUUUGUGUGCGCCCACCCCGGCUGCAGCAAGAGGUACUUCAAACUCUCACAUCUGCAGACGCAUGGACGGAAACACACAGGAGAGAAGCCGUACCAGUGUGAUUUUACAGACUGCGGCCGUGGGUUCUCGCGCUCAGACCAGCUGAAGAGACACCAGCGCAGACACACAGGAGUGAAGCCCUUUGAGUGCGAGACGUGUCAGCGAAAGUUUUCACGGUCAGACCAUCUUAAGACUCACACUCGGACUCAUACAGGUAAAACAAGCGAGAAGCCGUUCACGUGCCGCUGGUCCAACUGUCAGAAGAAGUUUGCCCGCUCCGACGAGCUGGUGCGCCACCACAGCAUGCACCAGAGGAACCUGACCAAGCUGCAGCCUGCCAUCUGAGCCAGGAAGGUGGCGAUGCAGUGUGCCAGCCAGUAGCGAGAGAGCCAGGUCAGAGGUCGCGGUGCCUUGCCAAAUGUGCAUAAGUGGAGGUCACAGCUGAUGCCAACCCACCUCGACCACGUGGCAUUCGCAAAGUUCACAAGAUGCACCUCAGCCAGCAUUUUUAUUGGGUCAAUUCCACUGAGAGGUUUUUACCACCUUAUAACUGAGCCCAGAAUUGAAAGAAAAAAGACCACACAAGGAAACAGUUGAUGCUUUAUUUUAUAUUUGACAUAAUAGCACACUUGCACUGUUGUUUGGUUUUCUCGUACAAAAUGUGCUGGAUCGUGUAAACUGGAUUUAGGAAAUGGACAAGGGGUGAUCUGUUGCUUUGGAGAGUGUAAAUACACACAAUGCACACCGAAUAACUUUGUACAUAUGUGAUGUAUAUGCUUACUUUUACAGACAUUCCUUUUGUCUUAUGUAUGUUUUGUAAGUCUAUAAAUGCCGACCUACAUCAUU